AUGGAUACAUGCAACGAUGCUGAGCCUAGGGCUAAUGCCGUGGACGAGCCAUUGCCGUCAGUUGUCAUGAGUAACACGACGCCUUCACCAACCGGCGCAAGCCCGCAAACCUCAAAUGCAUUGGAGAAAGAUUUCGCAUGCGGUCGCGUCAUGGGAGACACUUUAUCCUCGGCUUUGGACCUUUAUUACUCCGCUAGGUAUGCUAUAGCUAGCCCACGGCUUCUCCAGACGCAUUUUUCGUCCAAGCUACGUGCGGGCAGCAGGUACCGCGGUACACAGACAUCGGAUCAGCAGCGAUAUAACGUGGAAGUAAUGGUCAAGUCGAUUGAUAUGUCGGAGUCUUUCAUCUGUGGUUAUCUCAAGAUCGAAGGUCAUAUAGCUCGUACAAGUAGUGUGGACUACAGCUUAUCAGGCAUAGGUCUCACUCCAGAACACGCGACUCUGACGACGUAUUUCGAAGGAGAGAUCAUCGGAAGUAAGUAUACAUUCCAGACUCGGCAUGAAAGCUGGGGGGCGUCCGAAAAGGACGACCUAAAGCACUGGGGCCAUUUUGCUUCAUGGAGGCCGCUUGCGAGGCAAGCUAAGAAGAACAACUUCCACUACAAGCAUAGCGAAGCACGAGAACACAUAUAUAUGCGUUGGAAAGAGAAGUUUCUGGUGCCAGACCACCGUGUAAAGGAGAUAUCGGGCGCAAGUUUCGAAGGGUUCUAUUACAUAUGUUUCAAUCAGGUUGCCGGGAUUAUAAAUGGGAUCUAUUACCACUCAAAGACGGAUACGAAUCAAAAUAACAGGGUUCAGAACCUUGAUCUGGACUGGGUACCGGAUAGUGGAUGCUAUGCUGCAAUGGAGUUCCGCUAG